AUGGCUAAAUGGGCCAUCGAACUAAGCGAAUACGAUAUUGAGUACCGCUCUCGCCCCAGUCUGAAAUCGCUGGUUUUAGCGGACUUUAUCGUCGUGCUCGCCCCAGAAAUCGUGGAGGACGCAUCAAAAAUCGAAAGCUGGACCCUCUAUGUCGACGGAUCUUCUUGCAACCAAGGAUCCGGAGUAAGAAUCCUCUUGCGAUCACCAACAGGCGAGGUUCUGGAACAAUCGUUGAAACUCGGUUUCAAAGCAUCCAAUAACGAGGCCGAGUACGAAGCUCUACUCGCGGGAAUACGACUUGCUAGGGGCAUCGGAAUAAAACAUAUCCAGGUAUUUUGCUAUUCACAACUGGUCGUAAGCCAAUUCAGCGGAGAAUUCGACACCAAGAACGAGCGGAUGAGUUCUUAUCUGGCGUUAGUCCGAUCCGCCUCGGCCAAAUUUGAUAGCUUUUCCCUCACAAAAAUUCCACGUUGCGACAACACUUCGGCCGACGCCCUCGCCGCCUUAGCUUCGAAUGCGAAUCCGGACCUCCGCCGAUCCAUCCCCAUCGAAAGUAUCGAUCUACCGAGUAUCGCUCAACCUCAUGAGAUCAACCUCAUCAUGAACGACCUGAUCCAAAUGGAGAUCGACCCAGUUGAGAACGAGCCUCACGACGAGGAAGCCCCCCCGGUCGAUUGGCGGGAAGAUAUCAAACUCUACAUACAAAGCAGUCAGGUCCCUGAAAACCGGUGGCAAGCUCGACGGUUAAAAGCCCGAUGCGCCAAUUACAUUCUGGCCGAUGGAGAACUUCUCCGGAGAAGUUCCAAUGGAACUUUCCUUACUUGCGUCGAUCGAGACGAAAGCGAAAGAAUUAUGGGCGCGGUCCACGAAGGAGACGGCGGGAACCAUUCAGGAGGACGCGCGUUGGCCUUAAAAAUAAAGAAAGACUUCGAGGCAUUUGCCCAAAAGUGCGAAGCUUAUCAAAGGCACGCCACCUUAAAACACGUACCUCCCGAAUCGCUCUCUCCCGUGACAGCACCCUACCCUUUCAUGCGAUGGGCCAUGGACAUCACCGGACCGUUUCCUCCUUGCCGCACUAAAAGAUUUUUGCUGGUGCUCACCGACUUUUUCACCAAAUGGGUGGAGGCGGAAUCAUUCAAUCAGGUCAAGUCGGGCGACGUAACCGGAUUCAUCUGGAAGUACAUUAUCUGCCGACACGGUAUCCCCUAUGAGAUCGUCACAGAUAACGGAUCCCAAUUCACUUCCUACCUAACCAAGCGUUUCUUCAGAAAAUGGCACAUCAAACUCAGUACGUCAACCCCGCGAUACCCUAAAGGAAACGGCCAGGCCGAGGAUACCAACAAAACUAUCCUCGACGGCAUCAAGAAAAGGUUAGGUCGGAAAAAGGGACUAUGGGCCGACGAACUCGACGGAGUAUUAUGGUCGCAUCGCACAACUCCGCGACGCGCAACCGGAUUUUCGCCGUUCGCCUUGGCUUACGGUGUUGAGGCAAUGGCGCCUUCGGAGGUCGGAAUACCGACGCUCCUGCGAACAAUGAUGAUCGCGGACCCGGAGUUAAACGAAGCUCGGCUCCACGAUCACCUCGAUUGGAGUGAGGAAUUACGAGAUCAAGAUUUUGCUGGUGCUCACCGACUUUUUCACCAAAUGGGUAGAAGCGGAAUCGUUCAGUCAGGUCAAGUCGGGCGACGUAACCGGAUUCAUCUGGAAGCUGAGGCUACCAACAAAACUAUCCUCGAUGGCAUCAAGAAAAGGUUAGGUCGGAAAAAGGGACUUUGGGCCGACGAACUCGACGGAGUAUUAUGGUCGCAUCGCACAACUCCUCGACGCGCAACCGGAUUCUCGCCGUUCGCCUUAGCUUACGGUGUUGAAGCAAUGGCGCCUUCGGAGGUCGGAAUACCGACGCUCCGGCGAACAAUGAUGAUCGCGGACCCGGAGUUAAACGACACUCGGCUCCACGAUCACCUCGAUUGGAGUGAGGAACUACGAGAUCAAGCAAUGAUCCGUAUACAAAACUACCAGAACUCGGCAGCAAAGUAUUACAACAAGACCGUCCGGGAACGCCGUUUUAAUGAGGGCGACCUGGUUCUGCGAGAAGUUUUCGAAAACACCAAAGAGCUCAACGCCGGAAAGCUCGGAGCAAAAUGGGAGGGCCCCUAUAUCGUCGCACGGCGAGUUCAUCCAGGCGUCUAUGAACUAUCGACCAUGGAAGGACAGCGAGUGCAACACUUCUGUAACGCGGCCCACCUCAAAAGGUUCUACUAUUAG